AGCCGGCGGGCGCCGUGCGCGAGCCCUGGCCUCUGCCUCCCGGCCCUCGACGGGAGGGUGCGCGGCGGCGGCGGCGGCGGCGGCGGCGGCGCGAGCCGGCGUCUGGGCCCUGGUGCGCGUGCGCGGCGAACAGCUGUCACCCCGUGCGGAACAAGUCUCCCAAAUCUCCCGGGGCUGCGGGGUCGGAGGGCGCGUCUCCUCGCCCUCCUCGGGGUCGCGUCCGCGCCCCCACGCGCGCCCCAGAGACUGUCCCGCCAUCAUGGAGGAGGCUGCAGAAGAGAGCUUGAACCCCAGCUGUAAGAUCAUGACCUUCAGACCCUCCAUGGAAGAGUUCCGGGAUUUCAACAAAUACCUUGCCUACAUGGAGUCCAAAGGAGCUCAUCGAGCAGGUCUUGCAAAGGUGAUUCCCCCUAAGGAGUGGAAGCCACGGCAGUGCUAUGAUGACAUUGAUAAUUUGCUUAUACCUGCACCAAUUCAGCAGAUGGUCACCGGGCAGUCAGGACUGUUCACUCAGUACAACAUCCAGAAAAAAGCGAUGACUGUGAAGGAAUUCAGGCAGCUGGCCAACAGUGGCAAAUAUUGUACUCCAAGAUACUUGGAUUAUGAAGAUUUGGAACGCAAAUACUGGAAGAACUUAACUUUUGUGGCUCCUAUCUAUGGCGCAGACAUUAAUGGGAGCAUAUAUGAUGAGGGUGUGGAUGAAUGGAACAUAGCUCGCCUAAAUACAGUCUUGGAUGUGGUUGAGGAGGAGUGCGGUAUUUCUAUUGAGGGAGUAAAUACCCCUUAUCUCUAUUUUGGCAUGUGGAAAACCACAUUUGCAUGGCACACCGAGGAUAUGGACCUCUACAGCAUCAAUUAUCUCCACUUUGGAGAGCCCAAGUCUUGGUAUGCAAUACCCCCAGAACAUGGAAAACGGCUUGAAAGACUGGCUCAAGGUUUUUUCCCUAGCAGUUCUCAAGGGUGUGAUGCAUUUCUUCGCCACAAGAUGACACUGAUAUCUCCUUCAGUAUUGAAGAAAUAUGGUAUUCCUUUUGACAAGAUCACCCAGGAGGCUGGAGAAUUUAUGAUCACUUUCCCAUAUGGCUACCAUGCUGGUUUUAAUCAUGGUUUCAACUGUGCAGAAUCUACAAAUUUUGCUACUGUAAGAUGGAUUGACUAUGGAAAAGUUGCUAAAUUGUGCACCUGCAGGAAAGACAUGGUGAAAAUUUCAAUGGAUAUUUUUGUGAGAAAAUUUCAGCCAGACAGAUACCAGCUUUGGAAGCAAGGAAAGGAUCUCUAUACCAUUGACCACACAAAGCCCACUCCGGAAUCCACCCCUGAAGUCAAAGCCUGGCUGCAGAGGAGGAGGAAAGUAAGAAAAGCGCCCAAGAGCUUCCAGUGUACUACUUCUCAGUCUAAGAGACCUAAGAAUGAGGAGGAUGAGGAGGUUUCAGCUGCAGUCAACGGGGCUGAAGACCCCAGCCCUGAUUCAGUCUCAGAACACCUCAAGGUUAAUGAAAAGCCAGAGGCGGCAUCUGAACUAGGAAGCACAGAACCACUUUCAGAGGAAGAGACCUCUGCUAGCAAGAUGCAUCCGGAUCCAAACUUAUCAAAUAAUAUCAGACUCUCUGGAAACAGCUGCUCGAAUUCAUCUAUAAAGGAUGAAAUAAAAACUGAGGACAAGGGGAUCUGUGGCAUCACUCCGCCUUCCAAUCCCAUUGGGGUUGUUGAUUCUGUAUCUGGUGGCCACUUGGUGUCUGAAGGAUCAGACCAACCCAAGUUUUCAUGGCCACAGUCACACAAGUCAAGCUUCUCAGUUGUGCCGAGUGAUAGUGUGUUGACAGAGGAAGAAGGGAAGGAUGCGGAGAGCCACAGGAAUGGCCUUGAAGCUGGGGAAGACCCAGAUGUACCCAGCGAAGAGAGAAAUGGCUUUAAAGUUCCCAGUAAUCAGACAGUAGAGGGAGAGACCAAGACUGCUAAAAGUUGGCGCCAUCCACUCAGUAAACCCCCCGCAAGGUCCCCGCUGACUCUGGUGAAGCAGCAGGCAGCAAGUGAUGAGGAAUUGCCCGAGGUUCCAUCAAUUGAGGAGGAGGUUGAAGAAACAGAGUCAUGGGCAAAACCUCUUGUCCAUCUUUGGCAGACAAAACCUCUCAACUUCAUGGCUGAGCAAGAGUAUAACGCCACCAUGGCCAAAAUGGAGCCCUUUUGUGCCAUCUGUGCUCUCCUCUUGCCCUACUACAAGCCAGAUAGCAGCAAUGAAGAAAAUGAUUCUAGAUGGGAGACAAAAUUAGAUGAAGCAGUUUCUUCUGGAGGAAAGACUAAGCCCCUCAUUCCAGAGAUGUGUUUUAUUUAUAGUGAAGAAAACAUAGACUAUUCUCCACCCAGUGCCUUCCUGGAAGAGGAUGGAACAAGUCUUCUGAUUUCCUGUGCAAAGUGCUGCGUACAGGUUCAUGCAAGUUGUUAUGGUAUCCCUUCUCAUGAGAUCUAUGAUGGAUGGCUAUGUGCUCGAUGCAAAAGAAAUGCAUGGACAGCAGAAUGCUGUCUCUGCAAUUUGAGAGGGGGUGCUCUCAAGCAAACUAAGAACAAUAAGUGGGCUCAUGUCAUGUGUGCAGUUGCAGUUCCCGAAGUUCGAUUCACUAAUGUCCCAGAAAGAUCGCAGAUAGAUGUAGACAGAAUACCUUUACAGAGGUUAAAAUUGAAAUGCAUCUUCUGCAGACAGCGGGUUAAGAAGGUGUCUGGAGCCUGCAUCCAGUGUUCCUAUGGUCGCUGCCCUGCCUCCUUUCACGUCACGUGUGCUCAUGCUGCUGGGGUGCUGAUGGAACCUGACGACUGGCCAUACGUGGUGAACAUCACCUGCUUUCGACACAAGCUCAACACAAACGCGAAGUCCAAGCCUGGUGAGAAGGGCAUCUGCAUUGGACAGACAGUCAUCACCAAGCACCGGAACACUCGCUAUUACAGCUGCAGAGUGAUCGCUGUGACCUCACAGACCUUCUAUGAGGUUGUGUUUGACGACGGCUCCUUCAGCAGAGACACGUUCCCUGAGGAUAUCGUGAGCCGAGACUGUGUGAAGCUGGGCCCUCCCUCCGAGGGAGAAGUUGUUCAAGUCAAGUGGCCUGAUGGGAAACUGUACGGGGCAAAAUAUCUUGGCUCAAAUGUCGCCCACAUGUACCAGGUUGAAUUUGAAGAUGGAUCUCAGAUAGCAAUGAAGAGAGAGGACAUCUAUACUUUAGAUGAAGAGUUACCCAAGAGAGUGAAAGCCCGUUUUUCCACAGCUUCUGAUAUGCGAUUUGAGGACACAUUCUACGGAGCCGACAUAAUCCAAGGGGAGAAAAAGAGGCAGCGAGUGCUGAGCUCCAGGUUUAAGAACGAGUAUGUGGAUGACCCGGUGUACCGCACUUUUCUGAAGAGCUCUUUCCAGAAGAAGUGCGUGAAGAGGCCCUAGUAGACACUGCCAAAGACCACAGAGUAGCUUGUGCCGGAAGACGCUAGAGGACAGGACAGCCUGUGGGCUGGACUGUGUGUUUCGCCUGGGGUGGGUGAUGUGAUUUAUCUCUGACAGUGGACAUGCAUCUUCCCAGAGUUUGGUGACCAAGACCUUAUAGUACACAUGCGCUAACAAUUGGCUCCAUCUAUCAGAAGGCAUUCUCUAGCCUUGCUCUCACUUGGGAACAACUGUCUUCUUGGAUCCCAAAGAAUUUUUCUAAGUAAAGGAAAUAACAGUGAAUCACCCACCCAGAAAAAAAAAAGUCACUGCCUGAGAGAAGGUGGGUUCAUGCCCGGUGUGUGGCUCAGGCCCCGAGUCAGGGAACACAGGGAGCCUUCUCGCCCCUCCACCCCAGCCUCGAGAGCCCAGAUUCUGGGAUGGUGGGAAGGGGGGAAUCAUUUCUAUAUUUUCCACAGUCAGGGAAGGACUCUCACUCAUUUUAAAAGGCAGUUUUUAUAAAACAUUUUUAAAACACAAAUGGCAUGCAUGGUAAUAAGAUUUACCCGUGUGCUAUCUGUAUUUCCCUUGUACAGAACUUUCACAUUUUUUUAUAUCCCUAUUACUUUUGAUUGUGUCUGACAAGAACUGAGUUGUUUGGCCUGUGUGGAAUUUUUGGCUCUUGAGAAAGAAUUCUUAUGAAUUGUAUGGGAAUUUUAUAUAUAUUUAAAGAGGGAGAUCUGGGGCUGUUAUUUUUAAACACUUUCUUUUCCUAAUACAUAUUCUGAGUAGAUAUUUAUAAAAUAUGUUCCUUUUAUUAUGUGUUUGUAAAAUUAGAGUUUAAAUAAAUAUGCUUUGAUGCAUAGUUUUGAACUAAUAGAAUUUUUCCUUUCUAAACCCGCCUGAAAAUGUACUAGUGUUUAAAAAUAAAGAUUUCCAUUUGCUCCAA